GAGUGGCUUGGAGAAGGGGCAAAUUACCAUGGCAGGGAGGCUUGGACACCACGCUUCGUUUCAAAAAUCCCAUCCCUUAAUAAAAACCCUCCCCCGCCCUUCCAAUCCUCGCCAAUCAAAUUUACAGCAAAUCAGGGUUUUGCUACUCUGAUAUUGCUCUCCAGAAACUACUCUCGAUCAAAUUAGGGUUUUGCCACUGAUCUUGCUCCUUAGAAACUACUGAAAUUAGGGUUGUGUCACUGAUCUUGCUCUGUAGAAACUACUUCUGAUCAAUUAAAUUAGGGUUUCUUUUUGAGCUCGUGUUCUAAGAGAUCACAGAAGGUAAAUCCACAUAGAUCACAGAAGGAUCCCUUCUCUAGAGAGAGAGAGAAAUGGGGAUAAUCAGGAGCAGCUUCUCAUUCCUUAUGGGCACCGUAUGUGGUGUGUAUAUCGCUCAGAACUACAAUGUUCCAAACAUCAAGAAACUCAUGUGUGAAGGACUUAGCACGGCAAAGGAUAUCGAACAGACUCACAGGAAGCCCAAGAACAGAGAUGAUGAUUAGUCUUUCAAUAAAAUUUAUUUAUCCGAAAUUAGCUUCAAUUGAAUCCUUUUUUAUUUUUCAUAGAUUGUGAUUAUUUUGUUUAAUAAUCAAUUCAUAUAUGAAGUAGAUUUUGAUUACUCUGGGAUAGUUGUGAUGAUACUUCGAAAUUUAAUUUUACA